AUGCUGCGCUCCGACAAUAAUCGUAUCGACCCGAAGCGGCGCAAUGUGCUCGACCACCGCAAGAAGCAGUUCGCAGACCCGGCCUACAAAGAAUCGUCGUACCCGCACCGACUCAACUUUUACGCUGUCCCGCCCACGGCCGACAUCACCCUUGAACAGUUCGAGCAAUGGGCCAUUGACCGCCUACGUAUCCUCGCCGAGCUCGAGGCGUGCUCUUUUCGUAACAAGAGCGCUCAGGAGACGGCCGCCCACAUGAAACCGCUGCUCGAGAAAUACCUGCCGCUCGAUUCCAACUCGAGCGCGUCGUCACGGCUGACUGCCGAAAGACAGAAAGACCACUACAGCCAUUUUAUUCUCAGGCUGGCCUUUGCGUCGACCGAAGACUUGAGGAGGAGAUUCACACGCGUUGAAACCAUGCUCUUCCGCCUCCGACUCAACGAUGACAUCCCGCGCGAACGCAACGCCUUCAUCCAGAGCCUGAACCUGGAUUGGGAGCCCGCGAGCGAAGAGGAGAGGAGAAGCAUAGCGAGCGAGCUCGCUGCAUUGAGCGGCUUUCGCAAAGCUGGGCGGGAUGAGGAGGAGAGCUGGUUUAAAGUAGACUGGGAGCGGGUGCCUGAUCUAGUCGAAGGAAGACGGGUGUUCCUCAAGGCAGGCAAAGCAUACGUGCCAUCACGGGAGCAAACGAGCAUGGCAGUGACCGAGUUCACAAAGAGGCUGGAACGCGCGUUGGAGCUCACGGCGAGGGCGUUGCCGCGGUUGGAUGAGGACGAUCGGCUGACGCCCAUUCUGGAUCAUCUUUCCAAGAACUUCAUCACACCCGACGCGUCGUACAACAGCAGCUCAUCAUCGGUGCCCGGGGCCGACAUCUCGGCGAGGAAUGUGGAUAAUCUCUCCCAGAACUUCCCGCUGUGCAUGCAGAACCUGCAUCGAUUGCUGCGCCGCGAUGCGCAUCUCAAGCAUGUUGGUCGUCUGCAGUACACGCUAUUCCUCAAGGGUAUUGGUCUCAACUUGGAGGAAUGCCUGGUUUUCUGGCGGGCCUCCUUCAAUAAAAUCACUGACGACACAUUCAACAAGGAGUACAGGUAUUACGUGCGGCACGCAUACGGCGACGUCGGCGGCGACUCCAUUCGCCGCGGUGGAGGCUACUCACCGUAUUCCUGCCAGAAGAUCCUGACAGAACACCCGCCGGGCCCGGGAGAAGCCCAUGGAUGUCCAUACAGGCAUUUCAAUGUCGAGAAUCUGACGGCGUUGCUCCAAGCGGUUGGCAUCACGGACCAAGGGGUUCUACGGGGUGUGAAAGAAGACAAGGAGAGUCAAAAGUUCCACAUGGCGUGCAAUCGCGUGUUCGAAUACGUACAUAAGAAGGAGAUCAAGCGGGUAAAGGACGAGGGCAUCAUGACAUCCGCUCAGCUCGAGACCAUCGUGCACCCCAACGAGUACUUCAAACGCAGCUACCUGCUCAAGAACCUGGGUAAGGACAUGACGAAGAGCGAAAAUGUGAAAAUGGAAGGCUAG